AUGGCACCACCAAACGCCUCGGUCAUUGUGAAUCGCACAAGUAUCGCCGCAGUCGGCAAGACAGGCAAAGGUGCUGGCGUCAUGAGGGUCUACACUCAGGACGUGUAUGGAGGAAUUCGAGAAGCCGGAUACAAUGGAUCCGGGUCUUCUUGGUGGGGUGGAGACACUGUCAUCGCCACGGGCAAGAUCAGCUCACCUAUUGCUGUUGCCGCCACGCCAGGCCUUGAGCACAUUCGUCUCUAUUACAUCACUACUGAUUUCAAGCUUGCUGAACUCUGCUAUGACGAGUCGGAUAGCGGCAAGGGAUGGUUCAGCGGAGAGCUGAGCGGCAAAAACUACCCUAUCGCGCCUUACUCCCAGAUCGCUGCCACCUACUUGGCCGUCGAUGACCUGAAAAUUCGCGUCUAUGUGCAAGCGCCUGACAACUCCGUCCAGGAGUACAGCAAUGAUGGAUCAUGGUACAAGGAUCAACACCUGGGCACAGCCUGUCCUGGAAGUAGCAUCGCAGUGACUGCCUACAAAGGUGGUCCAAACGCCAGUCUCCGUGUCUACUACCAAGCCCCCAACCUCGAUCUGAUGGAGAAGGCGCACGACGACGGCGGGCACUGGGAGACGGGGAAGUUCUCCGUGUCCUCCGCCUCGCCCCGUGCUGCCAUCUCCGCCACCAGCUGGACCUCAUCCUCGGGGACCGGAAUCCGCGUCUACUACACCGGGCCCGACGACACGAUCCUCGAGAAGUGCAACGACGGGAGCUGGUACGACGGCGCCUUCAACCAGGAGUCGAUCCCAGGCUCGCAGGUCGGAUGUCUGUCGUGGUACGCGGCGAGCUCGAAGGCGCCCGAGAUCCGCGUCUAUUUCCAGAACGGCAUCCAGGUCACGGCCGUCUCCGAGUGGAAGUGGCAGGACGGGUGGAACGCUGGUAUCACUGCCCUUCCUCCUGCUGGAAAGUAG